UCCCUUAAUUUUCUAGAGUUUUUAUUACCCAAAGCCAAGCCACCAGAAAAAGAAGAAGAUGCGAGUUGUUAUGAAGAGACUUUCCCGAGCUCUCUGGGAUUUGAAGAGAACUUCCUCCACAAAGAUUUCAAGACCUCUUUCCACUUACAUUCAGUCCAAAUCGUCGUAUCGCGAAUCUCGGGAUUUUCUAUUUGCUUCGCCUUGGUCCGCAACUCAACUCCGCGGUGCCAAAUCUCGCGGUGCAGAUUUGAAGCCAGGAAAUGUGAUUGAAAAAAAAGGAAGGAUUUAUCAGGUGGUAAAGGCACAACACACAACCCAAGGAAGAGGAGGAGCUAUUAUACAGGUGGAACUUCGUGAUGUUGAUAGUGGAAGCAAGUCCAAUGAAAGAUUUCGUACGGAUGAAACUGUUGAAAGAGUAUUUGUUGCAGAAAAGAGUUUCACGUAUCUUUAUACAGAUGAGGAAACUGGAAACAUUGUGCUAAUGGAGCCUGAGACCUAUGAGCAACUAGAUGUGCCAAAACACUUGUUUGGUGAAUGUUAUGUCUACCUUCAAGAUGAUAUGAAAGUCAAUGUACAACUUUAUAAUGAAAGAGCAAUGUCUGCAUCAAUUCCUACACGAGUAACAUGUACUGUUGCUGAAUCCGAAAUUCCCAUGAGGGCAUCAGCUACUCCACAGUAUAAGAAGGUUUUGUUGGAUAAUGGUCUUACUGUGCAGGUACCGAAACAUAUCGUAGAAGGAGACAAGAUUAUAGUUAACACCAUUGACCACUCUUACAUGAGCAGAGCUUAACAGUGGCAUUUUAUUGGUUUUCUUCAUUGGACCGGCAAACUAUUGACAAGUUUGAGUUACAGUGGGAGUUUAUUAGAAUCCAAAUUAUAGUAGAGAUGUUUUUAGCAGAGUAUUUACAUGAGUUGAAAAAGCAGUGUUAAAGCUUUUCCUCAAGUCCUAGCUUAUUGUGGGGGAAAGAGUAUAUUAUUGGAGUAAAGUGUAGUUGAUGUUACUGGCUCCUGCUCUGUCUAAGCAUAUUUGGUCAUAUGGCUUUUUGGGGGACAAUUUUUAUUGUAAUAAACAUCUAUCACCAGAAUAUUCAUAUUUAGAGAUGUUGCUGAUAAUAUGUUUUUGGUGUGUU